AUGGAUACGAACAUGGAGGACGUUGGACGCGUCCCCGCCGAUGUCUCUCCUGUUCAGGCGAACCUUGAGCCCACAACGAUUCCCACCGUCGAUGGAUGGAUUGAGAGCCUCAUGAACUGCAAGCAGUUGGCCGAAUCGGAUGUCCAGAGACUCUGUGAGAAGGCGCGGGAAGUUCUACAAGAAGAAUCCAACGUUCAACCAGUGAAAUGUCCUGUUACCGUCUGCGGCGACAUCCACGGCCAAUUCCACGACCUUAUGGAGCUCUUUAAGAUUGGCGGCCCAAACCCAGACACCAACUAUCUCUUCAUGGGUGACUACGUCGAUCGCGGUUACUACUCUGUCGAGACAGUCACUCUCCUCGUCGCCCUCAAAAUCCGUUAUCCUUCACGCAUCACCAUCCUCCGCGGUAAUCACGAGUCGCGCCAGAUCACCCAAGUGUACGGCUUCUACGACGAGUGCCUCCGCAAGUACGGCAACGCCAAUGUUUGGAAGUCUUUCACCGACCUCUUCGACUACCUCCCCCUUACCGCCCUCAUCGACAAUCAGAUCUUCUGCCUUCACGGCGGCCUCUCUCCCAGCAUCGAUACCCUCGACAACAUCCGGGCCCUCGACAGAAUCCAGGAGGUCCCGCAUGAGGGACCCAUGUGCGAUCUUCUCUGGUCCGACCCGGACGACCGCUGCGGCUGGGGGAUAUCGCCCCGUGGCGCCGGAUACACUUUCGGCCAGGACAUCUCCGAAGCCUUUAACCACAACAACGGCCUGACCCUGAUUGCGCGUGCGCAUCAGCUCGUCAUGGAGGGUUACAACUGGUCUCAAGACAGGAACGUCGUGACCAUUUUCUCGGCGCCGAACUACUGUUACCGGUGUGGUAAUCAAGCCGCGAUUAUGGAGAUUGAUGAACAUCUGAAAUAUACUUUCUUGCAAUUCGACCCUUGCCCUCGGGCCGGUGAACCCAUGGUGUCGAGGCGCACACCCGACUACUUCCUCUAA